CCAAAAAAACUGGCUACUUUACGACACCAAACUGAUAAAAAAAGAAAAGAAAAAGAAAGGAAAGGAAUCUCGAUUGCGAAGCGAAGCCAACUCAGUAAGACUCACUCACUCUCAAGUCUUCUCUCAAGUCUCAUUCAUCUUUCUCACAUUCUCUCCGGAACCAAACUUCCACGAGAUUCUCGAACACCUUUUCGCAAAAAUCGAAAACCCACACCAUUUCACUUCACAACCUUCUCGCUCCACUGAGAGACUCUUCAUCGUUUCCAGUCCACGGAAUCCGAAUUCCCACACCUUGAAUUUAACUUCCGAAUUUCGCAAUUCUCGCCAAAGAUGGAUCCUGAACUGGAAAACGAUGAUUGAGGAGGAUUGAGCGAAAGCCGGAGCUAAAUGAAGCGAAAAGUUUCGCAGCAGAGACCUUGGUGUUAUAAAUGGAGGAGGAAGCUUUUCGCGCUGGUAUUGCUAGGGUUUUGUUUCGGGACUACCGUAUUAAUGAUGCAGAGCCAGUACAGUCGGAUCAUGACGAUGGUGCAGAGGCCGAAGAUUGCGUUCUUGUUCAUCGCGCGGAAUCGGCUUCCUCUGGACAUAGUUUGGGACGCAUUCUUUCAGGGAGGGGAGAAUAAAUUUUCCAUUUUUGUUCACUCUAGACCAAGGUUUCUGCUCAACAAGGCAACAACAAGAUCAGUCUAUUUUUUCAAUCGUCAAGUUAAUGAUAGCAUACAGGUAGAUUGGGGUGGAGCCAGCAUGAUUGAGGCAGAGCGGAUAUUACUUAGGCAUGCACUUGAGGAUCCUUUUAAUGAGCGCUUUGUGUUUCUUUCAGACAGCUGCAUUCCUCUAUACAACUUCAGCUACACGUAUGACUAUAUCAUGUCCACGUCACAUAGUUUUGUAGACAGCUUUGCUGAUACAAAAGAGGGUCGCUACAAUCCGAAAAUGGCUUCUGUUAUUCCAGUUCAUAACUGGAGGAAAGGAUCUCAAUGGGUUGUUCUGACCAGAAAGCAUGCAGAAGUUGUUGUGGAAGACAAUACUGUCUUUCCUAUGUUUCAACAGCAUUGCAAGGCAAGUUAUCUUCUAAUUAUGAUUUGUGACUAG